UCCAAAGCUUGUACACACAACAAACAAUCAAAAUCAAAAUGAAAUUCGUCAUUGUCUUCGUCGCUCUCUUCGCUCUGGCCUAUGCCGUACCAGCUGCUCCAGAAGCCGAAAUCGUUGAAUUGAGAUCCGAUGUCUUGCCAGAAAGCUACAGCUUCGCCCUGAAGACCAGCGAUGGUACCUCAAAGGAUGAAGAGGGUCACUUGGAAAAUGUUGGUGCUGAGAACGAACACAUUGUUGCCCGCGGUUCAUACUCUUUCGUUGCUGAUGAUGGUCAGACCUACACCGUCACCUACAUCGCUGAUGAGAACGGUUUCCAACCACAAGGUGCUCAUUUGCCCGUUGCACCUGAGGCUUAAGUUGACUUCCGUUUAGUAGAAGUAUUUUACUCUGGGACUGUUAUUAGCGUUUAAGUGUGCAAAAAAAAUGUUGAAAAGAAUAAAAAG